UAUUAACCGUAACGGCAGUUUUAGAAUAAGAAAAAGUUUCCUAUUUUCAAAUUAUAGCAGCGUAUUUAAUUUUUAUAGGUUUAGUUUGCAAAUAUUCAAAAGAGUUAAUUUAAGUCAUCGCAUUCAUCCUUUUCUUGCUAGAGAUUCUCUCGGGCCAGAAUAUUCCAAGGUAUCUCUAACCAUCAGCUAUGGGAGCUACGCAAUGAGGUGCCUAUUGGCAGGUCUAUAAAACGCCGAAUGUGGAAAUGGGUGAGCCUUACCUGCCAGGAAAACGUGGCCCCCAGGAAAACAGACCUGGCAACGAAGCAUUAUUGUAGAGGCGAGGAAAGCUAGAAAGACAUGUAGUGAAAUUAAUCCAGGUCCGAUCCCGGUUCCCGAUUAGGCUGGUUUUCUAUGCUGGAUGCCUUCUGCCGCUUGCGGGACAUUGGACUUUAAUUCAAGUCCGGGUGUUGAAAAAAACUCAACGUUCACAAGGGAGACUUUGAAUCGCUUUCACAUUAGAAUAUAUUCGCUUACGGAACAUGGCGUUGAAAUUCAGAAAGACUAUCCCAUCGAGUCUUUCUUUACUCAUAUUGUCAGAGACAAGUUAUUUGAUUUAAAGAAGAAGACAGUGGUCUACGCAGAGGCUUACUACGAUAGCACUUUCGACCCUCUGAACAAGAAAAUCGCCAGCCUCUAUUGUAAUAUGGGAUACAAUGUCCUAAUAAGCGAAACGCUCACUGUUCUCUCGCGACAUUAUCCAAAAUCAGUCCGCUUGUCUCGCGCAGUCGGUCUUAAAAUUGGUGAACUUCUUGUCAAAUUAGUCGAUAACGGGUUAGAUGUAGCAAAUUUAGAACUGGUCGGAAUGAGUAUUGGCGCUCACGUAAUAAGUUACGCCGCCAAACACCUAAUAGCUGCAAGAGGAAAGAAAGCUUUUAAAUUGACCGGUUUGGAUCCCGCCGGACCGUGCUUUCGAAACCAGCCGCCGGACGAAAUCUUCUCGAGCCAAGACGCAGAAAGAGUUUCUGCCAUACAUACAAAUAUCGACGUGUUCGGCAUGUCUAGAGCUUUUGGACAGGUAGACUUUUAUGUCAACGGUGGUGAAUUUCAACCAGGUUCGUUACCCGACCCGGUAUGCUUGGCUGUCUGUAGCCAUAUAAAAGCGUUAGAAUAUUAUACACACAUUCUAAAGUAUCCACGAUCCUUCAUCGGAGUGAAGUGUGAUUCUAUACAAGAUGCGCGACUCUCCAAGUGUUUCGGCAACACGGAAAGAAAUUUAGCAGGGCCACUGACGGAUUUCAGUAAACCGGGUAUCUAUUACUUGCCGACUAAGUUGGAAUAUCCGUAUUACGCCGGAGAAGAGGGCCUCGUCCCCGGGAACGAGCCGUUCGAAAAAUAUACGCUACAGGUUAAUUCUGAAGAUGUUUAUGUAGCGUAAUUAAUUUAAUUCAGUUAUUUCUAAAAAUAUUAAAGCACUUAAUU